UUUGCGACGUAAGAAUGAUCCUGGGCACGAGAGAGCCGCUCUCGUUCACAGUUGUCGUAGAAACACCCGUAAACAAAAAUGGCGCCCAGAUAGAAAAGUCUGCAGCUUUGAAAAGUUUGAUUGGAUAAUUUUCAAGUUUCGGUCGCAACUUCAAGCAAGCCGUUAUGCACGUGGUUUUGUAUAUUUCAUCAGUCUUCGAGUGAUGAAGAGUGCCACCAUGUCUACCAGUCAGCACCGCGACUCUAUCGACCGCCCCACCAGCUACCACCCCCCUCCUCACCCCCCUCCCUCCAGCUACCAUGGACCCGGGUCUGUGGACCGUCCGUUGUUCCCUGUGGGGUCGGGGAUCAAAAUACCACAGAUUGGUGACCAUGCCCCAGCUGCACCAAGUAGUCCCUUUGUCCCUGUCACCUACCUCACACGAGAGAAAACUGACGUCCCUACAGCGUACCUGAAGAAGAUUAGCUGCGACUUGACAUUCACACCAGAUGUCGUCGAAUCGCGUGCCGUGCACACACUUCCGUACAGUUCAGAUAGACUGAAACAAGUGUUGGACUAUCGUAACAUCAUCAAGGUAAAAACAGCUAGGUCCAAGAUAGUGGAUGGACGACACGACCGCAGGGGCCUGGACACCAAACAUCUGCCCUGUCACCUGCAGAGGAGACAUCCUUAUAGGUUAAGACCACUGGGAAAGAAGGAACAACAAAGGCAAGAGAAAGAUGCACAAGAUGAAGAAGUUACUGAGCCUGAGACAACAGCCUUCCUUACAGAAGUGAAGGAAAGAAAAGGGCAGAAGAAAGGGACAGAUACUGGUGAUGUUGCAGAGGUGAGGACUGAAGGUGAGAUGGCGGCUCCAACACCUGUCAAGACAAGGGCUCCACAUGACUGGGACGAGUACGUAAUGACCAAGCUGAGCCGUGGCACGGCGCGGUGGAUCGUACGGGAGAGAGUUCCUGCAGGGGAGCAGAAGGAAAGGUUGGACAGUUUUCUGGUGCAGAGAUAUGGGAAGAGGCCAGAAUUUGUCUACAAGGAAGAAACGUCCCUAAGUUUGAAACAAGAUCGCUCCAAAAAGAAAGUAACAAUAAAGGAACCGACAAAAGGAAAGGGUACAGCACCGACAUCACCAGAGUCCAAGUCUGUUGUGCCCUAUGAGGACCCCAGCCAGACUCUGGGCACGUUCUACCAGCUUCCUGGCAGACAUUCCAAGAAAGUGGAGUACAGAGAACCAGGAGCGACCAACAACACAGCAGAUGUGGUGCAGGUGAAGCCAUUAAAGCCGCCGCCCCCGCCUACAUUAGAGGAGCUCCUGAACCCUGCACUGGAGGUCUUCAUCUACAGAACCACUAAUCAGUUUGAGAGGGAACUGCUCUCUGGAAUGGCAAGCCAGGUGUACCAGAAGACUGGAGACAGACACAGGAUCUUCAUGGACAGCCAUGCUGAGUAUAAGACAGAGCUGCAGACCCAGUACCCGCCGGACCCGCUCAUGUGGCUGUCGGAGGAGGAGAGGGAGCAGGCCAGGAAGCCCACCAAGAUCAUCAAGGGCCUGCAGCGCUGGACAAAACUACCAGAGCCUGCAGAUUUUGCAUCAGAAGGGGGCGUUGUUCCACCCAAGCCGGAGGACACGUCACCAAAGAAGCGAGACGAUGGCAAACAGAAGGCCCGAGAGGAACGGGAUGCCGACCCACUGUUGAGAAUAGAUCUUACCGAUGUGCUGAACCUGCCCCCGCUUCAGCACUUUGGUCCCAGGAAACCUCCCUCUGCAGUGAAGCAAGUCUCCUUACAUUACAACCACCUUGAGGAGUGGCGAGACAAGUUCUACCUGAAGAACCAGUGGCAGGACUGCACCAUCGACGACCUGCUGAAAUCCAUGGAGGAUGUACACGAGAUUACACGCCUCAUCGCCGUGACCGUCUGCUGUCGUGCUGCAGCCCAUCGGGCUCUACCAGACGAUGACUUGUCCAAUGAGUCCGGCAUGGUUGUGAUGAAGGCGGAGGUAGGCCCCAAACAGGGCGUCCUUCCCAUCAGGCUAGUGGAAGGAGUGGAGCGCCUUCUGGAAGAUCCCGUACUUAAAGUACGCAUGGCGUCGGCCAUCUGCUUCUACACAAUGGACAAGCACAGCGACAAGGCGAGAGUCAUCCUGUACAGCAUGCUGCAGGAGGGAGGCCCGGCCCAGCGCUGGUUGGCGGCGCAGUGCCUGGCCACGGCAGGGGAGGUGGAGCCUCACAUCGUCAGCGAGAUCGUGUUCCAGCUGUUCAACACCAAUAGCGACAUGCGGCGCGACCAGGCCAUCAUCAUGCUCAGCAAGAUGAGCCAGAACACGACACUGGUACACUCCAUGCUGGCAGAGCAGCUGAACAGCAGCAGCUGGACCAGGCGUGUGCUGUCCUGUAAGGUCAUCCCCAAGCUGUAUGGGCCCAUCAACAAGGACCUGAUGCACAAGCUGUCCACCCUGAUGUGGCAUGACUGGAGCAGUGAGGUACGUAAGGCCGCCGCACAGACCCUGGGACGCACAGGUCACGGGAAGGAGGUCCACAACAACCUGCACUCACGUCUCACCAACGGCAACGAACGAGAGAAAAUCGAUGCACUGAACAAGAUCGGCCACCUGGGCAUCAUGACGGCCCGGCUGCUCCCCCCGUUCAUGGAGUGCUUCCAGGACCCGUACAUUUCCGUCCGGAUCGAAGUCUGCAACACCGCCGGGCACCUCCGGAUCACGGACGACGCAGCACUCAACACGCUCCUGGAGAUGGCGCAGUUUGACCCCUGCUGGAAGGUCAAGGCACACGCUAUCCAUGCCCUUGGUCAGAUUGGGAUGAUGACUGAAGAGAUCGUGGAGAAGCUUCUCUGGGCGCUGAAGUACGACGACACGCCCGGCGUGCGGGCGCAGGCGUGCCGCGCCAUCACGGAGCUGGGGCUCCAUGAUGAGGACGUGAUCGCUGUUCUCCAGGACAGGACCAUUGUAGAGCCUGACGACAUUGUCAGAAGUGAAGUGGUCGAGGCUCUUCAAUCUCUUGGGCUCACUCCCACUGGGGACCUGGAGACACUUCAGGCUAUUAAGAAUGAAGUGGGGAGGCUGUGCACUAGGGGGAACGUUGCUGCCAAGAUCACUAAGAAGGAACAGCGGGAUGACAGGACUGAGAACAAAGGCCGGCUGUUGUCGUCAGCAGAACCUCCAGUCACAAAGGAAAGAGCCGUCACCAGUAGGUCCAAGAGUCGAAGCUCCGCCCACCCCACUAUCGUUGUUAGCGAGGACGGUUUGGACCGUAUGGACACGCCGUGGAGUGUGGCAGAUGCUGAAAUCCGAGCUCUAAUGCAAAGAAGGGCCAGUGCAGGUCUGAGCCCCGAGGGUCAUCGUGCAGUACCGGACCAGUCCACUCCAGAGGAGGGGGAGAGUGGCGAGACCCACUGGACACAAGUGCAGACGUACCACGAGGUGGUAGAACCAGCCGCUGGGGAACCGCCACGGGAACAGCAGGAGAACGAUGUUCAGAUGCUUGUCAUCCAACAUGAGGACACCACCGUGUCUGAGACUACCGACACAAGGUCACCGAUAACCGAUAAGGAAACGGUCGACAGAACUAAAUCUGCAUCCAAGAUGUCAGAAGGAACGAUCAAGACGGUAACCUCACAAACAACACAAACAGGACAGUCUGUGUCGGACCUAGAGUCAUCAAAGCAGAGUGUUGGUGGUAAAGCAGAGGAUAAAUCGGGAUUAGCAAAGUUACCAGCAGAAAUGGAGGAAUCUGACGUGCCUCCAUCAGAGGUUACAGGGUCUGUAAUGUCAGCUGCUUCUCCUGAGGCUCAGCAAGGAGAGGAGGAUGGAGAAGAUGGAGAUGGUGAUGGAGAGGAAGGAGAGGAUGAGGAAGAAGGAGAAGAAGUGGUGGAGCAGGGGGAAGAUGAAGAUGCUGAUGAUGAAGAUGAUGGUGAAGAUGACGAAGAUGAUGAUGACGAUGAUGGUUAACUGGUCCUUAUUUGUGGAAAAAAGCUUGAGAUUAAUCCUGUACCAUCACAAUGAUGUAGCAGUAUAAUCCAGAUUGUAUUACCCAUAUUUUGUAGUAAUUUCUACCCAUAAAUUGACAUAAUGCAUUAAUUCAAAUGACAUGCAAAAUAGGAUACAUACAAUUUUCAUGCAUACAAGGUGCAGCAAGUUAUAUUUUAUAAGUCAAAUACUAUGUACUAUAUUUUAUCCUGUGGAGAUUUGUAUGAUAAGAAAUAAAUGAUUUCUUUUCUGUACAACUUGAA